AUGCUUAAAAAAGAUAAAGGAAUUGAUGAAUUUAUGUCAGAAGAAAUCAACAAUUUUAAUUCAAAUGAUUCUGAUGAAGAAAAUAAUGAAAAUGAGACAGAUCUAAAUGUAAGUGAUCAAGAAAGUUUAUCAUCAACAUUAUUGAAUGCUAUUAAUGAAAUAAAGAAUUGGUAG